AUGCGGGCGAAGUUCUCACUACCAAAGAGAAUCACAAAUCUUAUCCCAAAACAAUAUUUUUACGAUGCUUUGAAAUCUGGAGGCUCUUCUUCUGAUAUUGAGAAGCUUGAAAGCGACACUAUCGAGAAUGGGCCUCGUGAAGACGGAGACUCAGCCCUGUCCCAAGCCCGAUACCAAACAGUAGGUUUCAUGAUCGGCUUCUGGCUUUUGCUUUUUUGCUGUACGAUACAAACAUAUAUCAUUUGGAUCAAUCAAUAUAAGCUUGAUAUUACAAAUGAUAUCUUUUUGAAAUCACCAGCACCCAAGAAUCAAGACGUGUUGACAACGUUCAAGGAAGAAGAAUCCAUGAUGGGCCUGAAAACGGUACAAGAUGUGCACAAAGCUUGGGACCAAGCGUCGUAUCCUAGUGGCUUUAUACACCUCUCCCAUCCCGAAGUUUACUCCCAGGUACCCAAUAAGAACGUGCUGAAAGGCAUCGAUAACGUCUACAUGAUCAGUGCCUACCAUCAACUCCACUGUCUAAGAAAGCUGCAUGUAGCUCUGUUUGAGCUUCAAACCGAGUUGGAAACCACCAAGGAAUCUCUUAAUCCUCGACAUGGGAAUCACGAACACCCCGACGCUGUGAAUGUAACCAUGUUAGAGCAUCCACCAGGGGUCUCCAUUGCGCAUGUUGAGCAUUGUUUCAGCUACUUGAAACAAGGACUAAUGUGUGCUGGAGAUAUAACUCUAGAAGGUCCAGAUUCAAGCGGUAAGACACUGAAAGGUUGGGGUACUACUCAUCAAUGUCGGAGGUUUGAAGGCAAAGGCGGGCUGAACGAAUGGGCGAUAGACCAAAUGAAAGAUUUGUAA